AUGCCGCCUGGACCGCCUGGGGUUGGCCCUUCAACCUCGGCUGCUUCUGCCAUGGCUGUUCAGGACCUCAUAGAUCAUGAUCCCGAUAAUUCCGGCCCCGACGGUCGCAAAGCGAAACGGGAACUUUCUCAAUCAAAACGCGCCGCGCAGAACAGAGCCGCCCAAAGGGCUUUCCGGCAAAGAAAAGAACACUACAUCAAGAAGUUAGAGCAGCAGGUCCGCGACUAUGGCGACAUGGAGCACAGCUUCAAAAGCAUGCAGAAUGACAACUAUGCUCUCCGCGAAUAUGUGCUACAGUUGCAAUCGCGCCUCAUGGAUGCGCAGGGUGAGGUUCCUCCGCCACCUGCGAACCUGCAACUACCACACCCGGCUCCUCGGCCAGCGUCUCAUGUCACGAAUACUGCCCCCGAGUCUGCGCCUGCUGCCCCUCCGACAGUUGGAGCGCCCUCUGCAGGCUCGCUUGCCGAUGUAGCAGCCGCGGUAGCUGGUCUCAGAGCCCACGGAGCGGGCGUUGAUUCGUAUUCAAAGUUCAAAGCGGAGAACGAAAAUCCUCGACGUGAUGAAGAUGCCCGGAGGCUACACGAAACUUUACCGCCUUCUUCAUCUUUGAGAGCCUAG